UUAAAAAGAUUGUACGACUCCAAAAAUACUGUAACUUUCAGCACUCAUAACUUCCCCAUUUAAACGCAUAUGAAUGCAUUAAUAAAUGGUUUAUACAUUCAUCUGUUUGGUGAGGUUAUACUGCUCUGUGUAACAAAUUUUUAUUUUAAGGUCGCCAUCUGAUCGGAUUCAGAUCCAUGCUGAAAAUGUGCUGAUUAAACAAUGUGAUGCAGCUUUGCAAAGAGGUUUUUAUUAAAGAAUGAUUUAUAGUGUAUCUGAUUUUGCAGGGGGACAGCAGGGGACUGUCCAGCCGUUCAGUGAUGAAGAUGCAUCUAUUGAGACCCUCAGUCACUGCAGCAGCCUCAGUGAAAGAACCAGUGCAGCAGAGGAAGCUGGUGAAACUGAAGAAAUGGCUCAAGAGGACUUCCAGUACAAACUGAAGGUGUACAUCGACAGCACAGUGGAUAAGAGUGCCAAGACCAGACAAGGUGCCCUUGAUGGACUAAAGACUGCCAUGGCAACCAAAAUCCUCUACGAAUUCAUUUCCGAGAGAAGGAUGACCAUCACAGACAGCAUUGAGCGCUGCUUGAAGAAAGGUAAAGGAGUGGAGCAGUGCGCCGCAGCCUCGCUGGCGUGUCUCCUGUGCAUCCAGCUGGGGUCUGGGAUUGAGAGCGAAGAGGUUUUUAAGACCCUUAAACCUGUAUUUAAGACCAUCCUCAACGAUGGAGCAGCUAACAUUCAAGCCAGACAAGCUUGUGCAACAAGUCUAGGCCUUUGCACUCUUGUAGCAGAAGAUGAUAUCAUGGAUGUGUAUGCCACUAUGGAGUCUUUUGAGAGCCUCUUCACUCACUCAUACGUCAGAGAAGAUGGAAGCAGACCUUCUGUGAAUCCUCAAACCACACAGCUCCACACAAACGCUCUCCUGUCCUGGGCGCUGCUACUUACCAUCUGCACUGGCAGCCACAUCAGGGUCAUUGCACAAAAACAUCUCUCUAAACUGCCACGUCUGCUGGAGAAUGACAACGUCAACAUGCGGAUUGCUGCUGGCGAGACCAUCGCCCUCCUGUUUGAGCUCAUCAGAGAUGUUGACCCUGAGUUUGAUUAUGAUGGCUGGGAGCCGUUGUGUGAGAAGCUGAACGCUUUAGCCACUGACUGCAACAAACACCGAGCCAAGACCGAUAAGAGGAAGCAAAGGUCCGUCUUCAGAGAUGUCCUCAAGGCCGUAGAGGAACAGGAAGGGGAUUUUCAAAGCGAGACAAUCCGCUUCGGCACAGAGCGAAUGGUCAUUGACAGCUGGGUGAGGAAGAGGACUUAUGAUGCCUUCAGAGAGUUUGUUGGCUCUGGGAUGAACUACCAUCUACAGGCGAAUGAGUUCAUUAGAGACGUGUUUGAACUGGGACCACCGAUGUUGAUCGAUUCUACUGCUCUGAAAGCUAUGAAGAGCUCAAGACUGGAGAGGCACCUCUACAAUGCAGCUGCGUUUAAAGCUCGAACCAAGGCCAGGAACAAGUUUCGGGACAAAAGGGUGGAUGUUGGGGAGUUUUAAAGUUUUGUAAAGCACAUAAUUUCUUUCAUCUUGCAUUUCAAUCUUUCGAUUCUUUGCAUUCCUUACGUGGUCUCUUUUUAUACAUCUAUGUAAAAUGUUAAUAUUUCCUAUCUAUAAAUUCACUAAUUUCUCUUAGUCUAAUUUGUUUAUAUGUAAGUGGUGUUGGGUUCGCUCAUGGGAGAUCAUGUUUUCUGUUGUUUGUGUAGUUGUAGGUCCUGUAAUGUUAUGAAUUGCACAGUAUUUUGUGUAAGUGAAUGUCAAGAUGGGCUGUACUGUAGUGAAGGAAAAAAAAAAAAGAUGAAUAAAAUUAAUGACCUUGAUGCCCCCUA